AUGGCGGUGUACCUGUUGACAAGAUCUGUUACUGGGCUCUUCGCUCGUACAUCGUGCAUAAUACCUCAAAGAACGUUCGGUGUGACCACCGUUGCAGCUGCCAUUCAGAAAAUGACAAGAGUUCGAGUAGUGGAUAACAGCUCUCUUGGAAAUACACCUUACCACCGGCCUCCACGAGUGAUCCAUGUGUACACAAAGAACGGUGUUGGAAAAGUUGGUGAUAAAGUGUUACUGGCCAUUAAAGGACAGAAAAAGGCCGCAUUAAUCGUUGGUCACAAGAUGCCUGGAGAUCGCAUGCAUCCACGUUUUGAUUCUAAUAAUGUCGUCCUGAUUGAGGACAAUGGAAAUCCAACUGGAACAAGGAUUAAGGUUCCCAUACCCACUCAUUUACGCAAAAAAAUCGAAGGGGACUACUCAAAGGUGCUGGCAAUUGCUAGUUCUUUUGUUUGA